AUGAUCUCAAAAGUGCUGCCACCAUGCCUUCAUCCAACACUCCUACAGGUGUAUCUUGCAUGGGUGGACGGCUGGCUCUUCGUUUCGAAUGGUCAUGACACAGCGCCGAAGCAGCUCAUCAGCCUGGGCGAACUGGCUUCUCUUUUCGACGAAGAAAAUAUAUCUCGGUUGAUGGAUCAUACCUGUUUGAUGCAAGUCAUCCACUCGCUAAAACAACACCUCAAGGAUGGGACAGUCACAUUGGGGGGACGAACACCCCCUGCAUGUGAAGAGACGAACCUGCUUUCCGAACGAUAUAAUCCCCAAGUCGAGUGUACAUGCGAGGACACCCAGCCCACCAUGCAGCAACAGAAUAAUUGUCAUUCCGGGCAGCACAGAUGUCAUGCCAUCCAAAGCAUGAAAGAAGUCAUGGAAACAGUCAUCGAGCGAAAAGACGAAUGGCACAGCAUUGGUCUCUUCACGCCAACGAAACUCAGACUCGCAGUUGACGAGCUAGUGAACUCAAACACCGACAUUCAGCAGCCCCCCACUACAUGCCAAGGAACAGAAUCAUCUUCCAUUCCAAGAAUUCAAGCACCAGACCGUCGCCCAAACCCAUCCGUUGACAGCAACCCCCGAAUCGGAAAUCAACUCUACCCGACCGCUGAACAACUCAAAAUCUGUGCAGAUGCAAAGUACUUCGGAGUUAUAGCCUGCGGUGGAAGUCUCUGUGAUGAAGGUCUGGCUCGGGCUGUGGCGGACUCAUGCAACGACAUCCUAAUCGGCGAUUAUUGCGAAGCCGCAGAUGCAGAGGGGCUCAAGCUUCUUCAGCAAGUGGGCGCCGCAGCUAUGUCAUUUCUAAGACUCUGCAAUAUGGCCGGUCGGGCCACGGACUGGCAAUUCGAUAAUUUGUCUGCAUACAUCGUGCAAUGUCGGGUCCUCGGCUACUAUCGUGACCAUGCCCGCUCUCGUCUACCAGACGGAAUCUAUGGAAGUCGUAUGACAGGACUCGGUGUGCAUCGACACAUCGACGUUGCGGCUUUUCAUGGGGUGAUGACUGCGUCGCUUGGAACGGGUCAGGAGGUGACUGAGGAACAAUACUCGCGGAUCGUGGAGGCGACGGUUUAUAUCAACGAUUUUGUUGAUCUUCGUGGCGAUACUAUGCGCAAGCAGCGUGAGAAUGUUAUACUUCGUGGAAUCCGAGGGAAUUUGUGCACCUACCUUGACGAGAUGAUUGGGAAGUGUUUGGAUUCAGCGGCUGAUGUGAUUGAGUCGAGCGAACUGGGAGCACUGGUUGUCAUGGGGUAUUGCAACUGGGCUAUCAUGUCGGCCCAUCACAAAGUCUAUGAGUUGCUCAAGGGGAUCCGACGUGUUCAAAAACAAUCUGCGUGUGAAUAUUUGUCAGUGUCCCAGACUAUGCGAUAUGAACGGCUACUCGAAGCACUGAGACCCUACGGUACUCUUGGAAAUGACGGGCCGCGCGUGUCGAAGAAGAGGAUUGAGAUGGAUAAGACUUAUGGUCUCUGCCAAGGAUCUCCAGAGAGACAUAUCGCAUGGCUUGCCGAUGCUACUCGGAGCUUGUUAGAGCCGACAACGCUGAGGCAGAUUGUAGAUGUGGUCCAUUUUGAGUGGAGUGGUGAUGUGGGUGCUGUUGAUUAUUGUCCCUAA